AUGGAGACUUCGGGGAGUGAUGCGGCGGUCACAUACUUGGGGAAAGCUGAAGAAAGAGACGGGUAUGGUGAGCUGGAACAUCUGCCUCCACUGCUGGAAGAUGAGGAAAACGUGUCUCUGGCAGACAUCCUCUCUUUGCGGGACAGCUGUCUGUCUGAGGAGGAGGUGUGGGCGGUGUGUGCGGAGUGCGUUGUGGCCCUGCAGAGCAUCAGACCCUCCCAUCUCUUCCACACCCUGUGUAUAACACCAGACACUCUGGCCUUCAACGCCCAUGGGAAUGUUUGCUUCAUGGAGCAGCUCAGUGAUGAUCCAGAAGGCUCCUUUGUGCCUCCUGAGUUUGACAACACAGGCAGCACGUUUGAGGGCCACGUUUAUUCUCUGGGCUCUACGCUUUCUGCCGCACUGAACUUUGUCAUCGAGCCAGAGUUGGAGGCUGAGCUGGGAGUGGAGAUCCAGAGGCUGCUGGAGCAGAUGCAGGAGGAGAAGCCAGAGGACAGGCCGCUCCUGCAGGACAUCCUCUCUCUGGCUGAAACGAGGCUGUCUCAUACCUCAUCUGCAGCCGUGUGCCGGAAACUGUCUUCUAUCGGACGGCGUGUGCUCUCAAUCGAAUCGGUGGCGACCUUUCAAGAUGGACAGGAAGGCUCCUGGGAAGCAAGAUGGCAGCAUCCCAAACCCAGAUGUCUGCUCAAAAGACUGAGCUCAGAUGAUAAUACCAAAGACCUGUGUGUUGACAGUUCCUAUAAGGCAAAUGGUCUGUCCAGGCAGCAGGUGUGCACGGGCUGGGAUUCCUCUCUCUGGGCGGAAGAUAUGGACAGCGGCGACAGAGACUGCAUGAUCUUGACAGAUGAGUUGGACUGCCGGUCUCACAACAGCUCCCCGGUUCGGAGGAGAGCCCAGCAGAGAUUGAAUCGAGUCAGAGGGGCGCUCAAUCGCUCCUGCUCCGUCCCUGACUCCAACAACCCCCCCUGCCUUUCCCCUCCAACUCAUGGAGAUAUCAGUAUACCUGUAUCGGACCUCACUGAGAUAGGAGCAGAUGAACACUUGGGCUGCAAGUCCUCGUGGAGCAACAGACUUCAAAGACUCAACCGGGGAAGGUCCUGCGACGCUUACCCACGCAGUUUAGAGGAGGAUUGUAUGAACUCGCUCGCUGACAACCAAAUGUUGCAAAUAAACGAGGACGUCGCCGAGUUUUUAUGCAGUGGAGAGACAAAUAUUCAAGAGUGCCAAGACGAUGAAUGUAAGGACUGUAACCAGGAUUUAGCAUCUCCCUAUACUUCAUAUCAGGAGCUGGACAUGGAACAUGACUCUUUUGGGGACCUGAGCUCUUUGAACCACGGCCUCUACAUUCCUAAUAACCACAUGACCAAAAGCAUGCUGUGCCUCAAUGAAGAAUCUCAGGAUGAGUGGAUCUCUUUAAGAGAGCUACUCACUCGUUGUGGACGGAGGCUGACAGUUAAUGAGCUGUGGGCUCUGUGUUACACCUGCCUAUCCUCGCUGCAGACCUACAUUGACUUUCCAGCCUAUCUGUGCCUGGACACAGUGUAUGUUGGCUGCGAGGGAGAGGUGCUUUUCUUGAAACCUAAAAACAUAGGACACCGGGAUGAAUUCUAUCUUGCACCUGAAUAUCAAGAACAUGGAAUUGUAACUGAGAAGGUUUGUGUUUAUGGGGUCGCUGCUAUUCUCUGGGCCACAGCCAAGUUCAAUUUAUCACCUAAUCAAAAGCUGGCCAUGCCUCGCAAACUGAAGAGACUGCUCCUGGAGAUGGCAAAGAGGACGCCCAUCGAGAGGCCGACCAUUGUCAUGGCUAAAAAGAGCUGUCGUGACUACUUAUCACGUCAGGGGACAGACGCUGAGACUGUGUGGAACGAGCUGCUCAGCAGAGUUCACCCGCCGGCCUCAAAAUCCACUGAUGGAGAGGAUCUGAGUGCAGAUGACCCUCAUCAGACUUCAUAUGAGGAGUCUGCACAGAUCAAUAGUGGCUUUGUGCCCAUGGCCACUGAGAGCCGACUGGCUCCUGUGCCUGGCCCUGUUCCCCACAGCUAUCCAGUCCACAAAGAACUCCAAUUCCCAGAGGCCUUCACUUCCACCGCCACACACUUCACCCCCAUCAUCCUGACCAAUGAAGAGGACUCAGAAGAGGAGAGCCAAAACCUUGGAGCUGCCAUUGAAGAGACUGUGGAAGAAUUCAACAAAAGCAGUGAACAUAUUGAGGAAAGAAGCCUAGAUCUUGAUUUUACUGCACACUCUGAGGACCCAUAUCCUACACAGACUGAACCCAGUCUACCUACAGAAGAGUGGGACCCUGUUAAUCAGGUCGUCAUGAAUAAAACUCUACCAGUCAACUCUGUUUCUACUCUCCCUAAUACUUCUUGUCUUGAAGUCUCUCUUCCUCCGCCAUUAUCCUCCAACCUCAACAGUUGUGGUGUUUUCAACAAUUAUCUGUUCCGUCAGGAUCCCAAAACAGGACAUCUUUCUUUAGUGCCUGUACAGGUCAGGGCUCCUGAGUCUGUCCUUGGCUUGGAUAUAAAUCUCUCAUUGGUUCUGCAGUCUUUGCAGGGACUAAUCACAGUUCCAGAGAGCACUGAUGGUCCGUUAAUUAACUGUCAGACUGUUCCUGAGAGGCCUGAACCCCAACAAUAUGACCCAUCAUCAUCUUAUUUCAAUGGUAGCUCCAUCAGUUCUGACAGCCCCUUGGAGCACAGUGUGCCUGGAGCUUACAAUGGACAAAUAAAUGAAGGGACACGAGGUGAGAACCAGUCUCCUUCAGGGUCCAACUUCCCCAAAGUCCACCCUGCCUUACAGGAGGUGAUUGACCUGCUCAAGGGAGAGUUUUCACUUGAUGGAUGUUUGGACAAUGGACAUGAGGACAUUGCCAUGGGGGAGUGCAUCUUCUCUUUGAAGGACCUCCAGUACUGUGUGUUUGCCAGUGUUGUGAGGGAGCGCUUCAGUGAUCUGUACUGGGAAGAUGACUUGCUAGGUGUAUUGCACCGCCUGGUUAACUACAGCUCCACCGCACUCGCCCCAUGCAGCGCCUCUAAUGAGCAGCCUCCAUCAAAGGCAGUGAAAAGGGCAGCUAAUACUCCACCCUUGAUAGCCACUGCCUGGCGAGGGAAAAGAGAAGUUUGUCCGCAUGGUUGUCUCGACCUGAAUGGAAACAUUCACACUGCCAGUUGCGCUGCUGCGGACACAUGGGAGGGAUCCAAGGCCCGGUCCUGUGAUGGAGAAAAUGAGGCUGCGCUUGAAGAGUUUGAUUUAAGAUCGGAGGAGAGCGAAAACUGUAUCUGCGAAGGUAAGAGGAAGAACUCGGACACAGGGGUCAUGAUGGAGGGAGGAGACCAUUCGGCGGGGGGCAGCGAUGAAAGCCCCUCUGAAGCUGAAUUUCUGUCGGGGACAGAAGGGCUGCCUGGAGCCCGUGAUGAGCAGAUGAGCCCUGGCUGCUCUGAGGACAUGGAGGACAGUGACUCUCUGGUGUCAGAGCGAUUCUUGCCUGGAUCAAGAGCAGAGGGACCAGGCCUGAUCUGCAGCCCGGCCUGGGCCUUGGCCUUCUUUGGAGAAGACUGUUUUAGCCCAGAGGUGAUCCAGUAUGCUGUGAAACUGGGACAGCACACAGGAUCGCCAUGUCUGGAUGUGAAAACACAGGAGCUGCAGCAGCAGCUGAUAAUUGAAACAAGGAAUCUUAAGAAAACGAGAAAUUUCUACCAGAAGCUAAUUCAACAAGAGAGGAAAAACAAAGGUUCUGAGAGCAAACUGAUGCUGUCCAAACUCAAGACCCAGCUUGAAGAACUCAGAUCCAAAGUUGCCUUCUUGGACUGUGUGAAGAAAUACCUUGAGAUACUAUGUGUGGACCAGUGGGGUUUGGAGGUUUCACUACUUCCCUCUUUGGCUGCCUAUGGACCUGGCCCUUUGAACCUCCAAUCCUCUGAGGACCCCUCUGUCUUGAGCUUUGGAGGCAACAAAGGAAAGAAAACUCUGCAAGCUGCGACUCCUCUGGGUCUCAUGGCAUACCUCUAUGCCAGAAAUGCUGCUGUGGAGGGCUACAUCCAGCAGUUCCUGUACACCUACCGUUUCUUCUGCACUCCUGAACAGUUUCUUCAGUUCAUAAUGGAUAAGUUCAUCAGUGCUACAAGAGAAGGUCCAGACAUGUCAGAAGACGGUGUAAAGAUCUUCCAUCGCAGUUUGGACCUUCUCCAGUUCUGGAUAACAGACUGUAAAGCGGUGGACUUCACACCAAAGUCCAGCUUUGUGGAUACAUUAGAAAACUUCAUCAAUACCGAGGUAAUCCCUGUGGACAGCCGAGGGCAGGCCCUUCUCGCUGCUCUCCGCAGCCCUCUGAAUAUGACCUGGAGCAAAGGGGGAGGAAGCCAAAUCAGUUUUGAGGAAGAAGAUGGAUCUGUGGAUGUCCAUUCAUCUACUGAGGAUCUUGGGAGAAAGUGGAGGAUCUCAAGAGUAGUGGAGCCUUCGCCAUCCAUGUCUAAAGAGAAGGCAUUCUCCAUAGCUGCGGCUCUGCCUAUCCCCUGUUACGGCUCCCUGGUGGAUGAUCUCUCCAAUGUCUGCCUGCACAGCGAGGAGCGACUCCCCUUCAGCCAGAAUGAGUACAGCGCACAGCAUGUAGCCCAACAGCUCACCCUCCUGCAGCAGGACAUUUUCCAAGGAUGUCAUCCAGUUCAUUUACUCAACUCUAGAACACAAGGAAUCAGGGAUAAUGUCUUGAACCCAAACAAGAAUGUGUCUCAGCAUAUCCCGCCAGCAGAGGGCAGCGGUGUCCUUGUAACAGAGGGGACGCCAUCAGACAGCUACCUCCAACAGCUGCUCACAUACUCUGACAGUGUCACUAACUGGAUCUCUGGUGAGAUAGUCAUCUGUGACUCUGUCAAGACCCAAGUCGCUCUGCUGACCAAGUAUCUGUGGAUUGGAAAGCACUGCUACGAAUCGAGGAACUUUGCCACAGCCAUGCAGGUCCUUGGAGGUCUGGAGAACGUGAUUGUCAGGCAAUUACCAGCUUGGAAACAUCUGUCUUCCAAAGUGAGUGAGAUCCUGGAGGAGCUACGAGCCGUUCAGGUGUUUCUGAAGAGCGACGACUUGUGUCUGAUGGGGGGAGAACAGGCGAAGAGGAGACCCACCCUGCCUUCCGUGCACAUCCUGGCCAUGCACAUCCAGCAGCGGGAGAUCGGAGCUUUCACGCUCACUACUGGAGCUUGCAAGUGGACCAAGCUCAGGAGCAUAGCAAAGUUGGUGAGUCAGGUCCACGCCUUCCAAGAGGUUGCGUACCCCUACAGCCCAGACAGGGACCUGCAGGUCUACCUUCGGCGCCGCGUUGCCAGGCUCAGCACCUCCGACAUCCACCUCUUGGCCGCUUCCAACGAUUCCAACUUCCAGCAGUCCACCGAGCGACAAACACAUAGGAUCCAGAACACGCUGAGGAGAGUUAAGGCCACCUUCCAGUGA